AAUAUUGUGGGUAUUCAACUAAAUAUUCUUGAACUAGGAGGAGAAAAAACAUUAGCCAAUACGCUGUGUCUUGCAAAAUAUAUUUAUUCUUCUUAUUCAAGAUUAUUUCAGAGUUCUAAAGAA